AUGACUUACGAAGGACAAAAAAUAGGAAAUCCUGGACCACUUGGUCUCAGUGGUUUCGCGCUUACAACAUUCGUCUUAUCACUAUAUAAUGUAAACGCUGGAGGUGUGACACAUCCAAAUGUAGUUGUUGGUCUUGCGCUUUUCUACGGUGGUCUCGUGCAAUUAUUAGCAGGAAUGUGGGAAUUCAGAACCGGCAAUACUUUUGGCGCUACCGCUUUCUCUUCAUAUGGUGGCUUCUGGUUAUCUUACGCUGUUAUUCUUAUACCGAGCUUUGGUGUUAUCGAUUCCUUCGCUCUUGAUACUGCAUCACAUCUGGAUAAUGCGCUCGGGAUCUAUCUUCUCGGCUGGACAAUUUUCACUUUCCUAUUGUUUUUGGCGACUUUCCGCUCAAAUGGCGGAUUAGUCGCCUUAUUCUUUUGUUUAACAGUUACCUUUUUCUUUUUGACUAUUUCCAAAUUUGCCCAAAAUGCAAGUAUGGAAAAAAUUGGUGGUGUUUUUGGCAUAAUUACAGCAUUCAUUGCUUGGUAUGUCGCUUUAUCAGGUCUAUUGACCCCGGACACUGCAUACUUUACAUUACCAUUAUAUAACUUGGGUAGAAAAGAAAAAUAA